UACGGUAACAAAAAUUGUUUGUCAAGAUUAUUAUAAUUAUUUUUGUAAGCAGAAAUGGACUCACGGCCAAAAUUAAAUUGCCACGGAAAUUGGGAUUCGGAAUCUAUCAAGAAUUACACUUCAUUGGAACAUAUUAAAAAACAAUUGCAGCGCAGUAAUUGGUCAUAUCUUUGUCGACAUCCAGAAUUGAGAGCAAUAAUUCGUAUUUUUCUCCAUGAACUGAUCAACAAAACACCGGAAAAUAUCUAUGAAUUUUCAGCUGCCCUUUUUAAUUGUAACAACUCUCCUCUCCUGGUUACCAAAAUCAAUCAACAGCUGAAAAGGAUCAAUGAGAACUUAAAGCAAAGUCAUUGGUCUCAAUACGAUGGUGAAAUGUUUUUCUCAAAAAUGAACUCAACACAUUCUCUACUUUCAAGAGCCUCUAUUGGUACCGACAUAGACAAUAUGCUUCGCUACGCGAUGCUUAUGAGAGAUCGAAAAUAAUGUUGUGGACUUGAUUUUAAAUGUUUAUUGUAAUAACUUUCGAAUACAAAAUUGAAAAUAAAAAAUACUUUUAUUUACUAAAAUACCACUU